ACGGUUUUGGCAAAGGCGCUGUUCGACAACACGGCGGAGAGCCCGGAGGAGCUGGCCUUCCGGAAGGGCGACAUCCUGAUGGUUUUGGAGCGGGAGCAGAGCAGCGGCUCGGGCUGGUGGCUGUGCUCGCUGCACGGGCGCCAGGGCAUCGCCCCCGGCAACCGCCUCCGGCUGCUGCAGACCGCCCCCCCGCCGGGCGCCGCCGACGACGCCGCCGAGGGCGUGUACCGCUCCCCGCCGCCCGCCGGAGGGGGCGGGGCCUGUCGGGCCGGGGAGCUGCGGCGGGGGGAGGCCGGCCGCCCGCGCUCGCACUCCAGCUCGGGGGGGCGGCCGCGGCCCGACUGGGACGUGGGGCCGGCCGGGCGCCCGCGCUCACCCUCGCUAAGGGGGCGGGGCUCCGACCUGGGGCGGGGCUCCGACCUGUACCAGGCGCCGCCCGGCCCGCGGCAGCCGGAGGACGCCACCUACCUGGUCCCCCGGGAGACGCGGGCGGGGGGGGCGGACGACUGCUACCUGGUGCCCAAAGGCACGCCGCUGGCCUGUGAGGAGGUGUACCAGUCGCCCACCGGGGGCGCCGCCGCCGCCGCCCUGUGCUCCAACGGCCCCAAACAGGACACCACCGGGACGUACCAAACGCCGACCCCCGCGGGGGCCGCCGCCCUGGCCCACCAGCACCCCUCCCAGCUGACCGGGGCCAAGCUCGGCCCCCAGGAGCUGCUGAAGCGCCUCCCCCCGAGCCCGGCCGCCGCGCGGGCCAAGGCCGCCGCCCCCGCCCACCGCGGCUCGCCGCUGCUGCUGAGGGCCGGCCAAAACCGCGCCCCCGGGUCGCCCGGAGCCGCCCGCAAGCCCCCCCCGCCCGCGCCGCCCGUGAGGGGCGUCACCAGGAAGGAGGCGGCGCCGGCGGCGGCCGACAAAGCCCAGCCGGCCCCGGCCGGCCAGCAGCAGCCAGAGGACAAACAGCGGGGGGGGGGCAACCCGAAUAAAGAGGAGAGGAUCAGCAACGGCCCCGAGAACAGCAGCAGCAGCAGCACAAAGGCGGAGAAUCAACAUCAGCCUGCGGACGAGCAAGUGUACGACACCCCCCCCAGCGGCCGGUGGCAACAGCCGGUCCCAGCUGCCCUCAGGGACGAUGACGGCAUCUACGACACCCCCCGCAGCGUCCCCCCCCCCGGGGGCCCCCGAGAGGGGGAUCUCCAGGCCGAUGAGGGUGAGGACGAGGUCUACAGCGUUCCCACGCUCCCCGGCGUUCCUCUGGGCCCGGCCGAGUCCGCCGCCGGCCUCCCGGCGGAUCCUCCGGCCGGCGCCGCCGGCGACCAGCGGCGGGACUCCUGCGAUCCGGACGGCGGCGUUUACGACAUGCCGGCGCUGAGCCUCAAAGCCCUCCCGAACUCCUCCUCCUCCUCCUCUUCCUCCUCCGCCCACCGGCUCUCCGUGUCCAGCAACGGGUCGGGCGACGUGCCGUGGCGGGCGCCGCUGUGCGUCCUGGUGCAGGCGGCGCUAAGCUCCGCCCCCUCGCUGUCCUCGCGGGAGCUGGCCGCCUCUCUGGCGGAGGUCCUGUCCGCCUGGAAGUCAAACCACCCGGGCGACGCCCCCCCGCCGCUGCAGCAGGCCUGGGCGCGGCUGUCCGACCUGCUGCCGGCGCUCGCCGCCACCGGCGCCGCGGCGCCCUCCGCCCAGCUGCUGGUUUUGGCGCAGCGCUGCCUGGAGGAGAGCGCCCUGCUGCUGACCGCCCAGGGCCGCCCCCGCCUGCCCUCCCAGGACUCCCUGUCCCGCCGGCCCCUGCCCGCCCUCCCGGGGCCCGACGGGAAGCCCGCCAAUGGAGGGGGGGGGAUGGGCUCCCGUAAGGGCAGCUGGAUCCAGGAGCGGCCGCUGCCCCCCACGCCGCAGCCCGCCUUCCCCCCGCCCCCCCCCGCCCCGCCCGCCGACGGGGAGGACGACCCCAGCAGCGACUCCUCUAACGAGAACAAAUCUGCUCUUCUCCGUUCACAGUUGACUCCGUCCCCCCCGUUGCCGGGGUCCCUGUCGCUGGGGGACUCGGAGCUGCUGUCCUUCUACUCCUCCCAGAGCCUGGCGCACCUUUCCUGCCUGGCGGACGCCAUCGACGUGCUGUUCGCCAGCGUCCGGGGCAACCAGCCGCCCCGCGUCUUCGUGGCCAAAGGGAAGAGCCUCAUCGUGACGGCGCACAAGCUGAUCGCCACCUCCAGGGGGCGCCUCUGCCAGUCGCUGAAGGCCGUGGUGGCGGCCACUAAGGGCGCCGCCCAGAGCUACCCCUCGGUGUCCGCCGCCCAGGAGAUGGUGGACCGGGUGGCCGAGCUUUCUCAGCAGGCCGCCGGCUUCUCCACGCUGCUGCAGCGCCUGGCCGAAAUGGCGUCCUGAUGUUUUCCCCCCGCCGGACACACGGACCCUUCCCUCUUCCUGUCCCCUGCUUUGCAAUGCCUUAUUUACCCACCCAAACGCGAUCUCCUUUCCCCCAGAGCCGGAUCCUCCAAGGAGUCAGUCCAGUCCCUCGCCACAGCUGUUACUAAUCAGGAGUCGGACCGCGUUUGUUGUUUGAUUCCCCGGCAUUUUUUUGUUAACUUAUUGAGUUUCUGAAGCCCCUCUGCGGUUUAAUGUCCGCGCGGAUUGCUUAUUUUGGGAGCUUUGAUUUAAUAAGCCCGCCACGUUUCCCCCUUCUCCCCUCACAUGAUAGCUAUUUUUCUUCCUUCCUCUUAUUUAUUCAGCCGGCCCGCUCCGAUCCCAAAAAUAGUGCGAGCCUCACAUCCUGGCUCCGACCUCAAAGGCCUUCUGUUGUGUUUUCUGAAGCGGAUUAAGCUGCACGUGGAGGAUUUUGUGCUUUUUAUACGAGAGAAAAUGAACAGAGUGGAAUGCCAGGGCACAGUUCCCCCUCCUCCAUUUGUGAAACAUGCGAGUGUGUGUCUCGUGUCCCUUUUUCCUGUUUAGUAUCGCUCACAGCCGACUCAGCAAACCCCUCUUAAGACAUCCUCAGCUCACCUCCAUGCGGCUCCUUCCUGACAGGUACAGAUAGUGCAUCACACGGGAAGAGGGUGACUAAAGGCAGCCGGGUGAGAAAGUGCCGGCGCGUGUUCUUUCCCACAGUCAGGUGGUAAACUGACAGAGGAACAGAAACCUGUUGACCGGGUUCGCCUGCCUCCACACGUCUCAGUAUGAUAUCAUAACUCGUCUUCUUUCCGUGCUUUUUAUCUUCACAUACCCCUAAAAUAUCUGUGGCCAGCCCUCAGUGAUCUGCGUUGGUAGUUUGAAGUGUGUUACUUGUGUAUUUCAUUAUUAGUUACCAUCCGAAUUUUACACUUUUUGUGCAAUUUUAAUCAGAAUUGGACUAUUUUGGGGGUUUUUGGUUUUAUGCAAUCUGUAUUAUGUUGCCCAGUCGUUUUGAACACUACGAGACUAAGCACAGUCCACUUUUGAUUGAAUGGGAGAAAGAAUCAAAACCUGUUUUCCCUCAUAGGCUGAAGCUCAUCCGAGGGCGUCUCACCUCUGCUUUCGGCCGUUUACGCUCUGAAAAACGUGAAGUUCUGCUGAAAAACAGCUCCUAAAAGUUAAAAACGGAGCGACCGACACAUCUGGUCAUAACCGAAGGCCAGAGUCCCUCUGGGGGGGGCUGAAGCAAGGAUGUAAAUCAAAGUGUUGGGACCCGGGCUUUAUUUUUUUUUUCAAUCGUGUUACUCAACCCGACUGCACGUUCUCUCAGAAACAAAUCUCCAUGGUGUUUCAUAAUCAGGAUUUUUCCUUUGUGUGUGCGUCUGGUUGCGUUUGCUCUGAGAAAUUCUACAUUUCUCUGCCUUGAUAUUUUCUUUGCUGCAGUGCCACCUUUUGGGAGUUUUGAGUAUUACAUAAGGACUAUCUGCCUGCUAAACCGGGCUGUGUGUGUGUAAGAGUGCAUGAGAGACAGUUAACCUUUAGAUAUAUAUUUAUUAUGGCCAGGCUUGGUGUUUUGUUAUGUUUUUUGUCUUUUCUCUCCCAUUUGCAUGGCUUUUUUUUAUGCACAUCCUACACCAGGGAGAAUCUUUUAGGUUAUUUUCGAUGCUUAAAUAUGGUUUUAUAUAUAUAUAUAUUUUACAUUACAAUCCAAGUAUAUUGCUGUUUUCUUUUGUACAAGGUGUUUUUUUUACACUACUCGUGAGUUCAUGGGUCUCAAGUGUAUUUGCUGACAUACGCGAGUCGAUUUUGGACGAAUCACCCUCAACAACUGCAAGUCCUCUUACUUUUAACACUACAUUUGAUGUUUGUCUUGUAUUCCUGUUUAAAAAUGCACAAAUACAUCUUUUACAAAUAAGCAAAUGUAUUAAUUUGUCUAUUUAAAUCUGGCGUCUGUGUGUCUGGUAUGAAAAAACUGGCUUUUAUUUUGAACAGUUCCAAAAUUAGAUGUUAGUUUAAAGUUUUAUUUAUUUAUUUGAUUAAAAAACAAAUUGAA